AGAGAAGCAUGGGAGAGUUUGAAAAGAGCAUUCCCGGAUGGCAAGAAGGGCAGCAGAGUCAUUAUUACCACGCGCAAAGAGGAUGUCGCUGAAAGAGCAGACGACAGAGGUUUUGUUCAUAAGCUUCGUUUCCAAAGUCAAGAAGAAAGUUGGGAUCUCUUUUGUAGGAAACUACUUGAUGUUCGAGCAAUGGUUCCAGAAAUGGAAAGUCUAGCUAAGGAUAUGGUGGAAAAGUGUGGAGGCUUACCUCUUGCAAUUGUUGUAUUGAGCGGACUACUUUCACAUAAAAAGGGGCUAAACGAAUGGCAAAUGGUGAAAGAUCACCUUUGGAAGAACAUUAAAGAAGAUAAAUCUAUUGAAAUCUCCAACAUACUAUCCUUAAGCUACAAUGAUUUGUCAACUGCGCUCAAGCAGUGUUUUCUCUACUUUGGUAUUUUACCAGAAGAUCAAGUGCUCGGGGCUGAUAACAUAAUACGGUUGUGGAUGGCCGAGGGUUUCAUACCCAGAGGACAAGAAAGAAUGGAGGAUGUCGCUGAAGGCUUCUUGAAUGAACUGAUAAGACGAAGCUUGGUUCAAGUGGCUUAUACAAGUUGGGAAAGAGUUACUGAAUGUAGGGUUCAUGAUUUACUCCAUGAUCUUGCGAUACAAAAGGCAUUGGAGGUAAACUUCUUUGACAUUUAUGAUCCAAGAAGCCACUCCAUAUCCUCUUUAUGUAUCAGACAUGUGAUUCAUAGUCAAGGAGAAAGGUACCUCUCACUUGAUCUUUCUAACUUAAAGUUGAGGUCAGUUAUGUUCUUCGAUCCAGAUUUUCGUGAGAUGCGUCUUAUAAACUUCAGGAGUGUGUUCCAACAUCUAUAUGUGUUGUACUUGGAUAUAGAUGAAUUGUCUAUAGUACCUGAUGCCAUAGGAAGUUUGUACCACCUCAAGUUCUUAAGAUUGAGAGGUAUCCGUGAUGUUCCCUCUUCCAUUGGCAACCUCAAGAAUCUACAGACACUUGUUGUCAAUGAGGGGGGAUACUCUUGCAAACUACCCUGCGAGACAGCUGACCUGAUAAAUUUAAGACAUUUAAUUGCUCCGUAUUCAAAACCUCUGGCACAUAUAAGCAAACUCACUAGCCUUCAAGUUCUUAAAGGUGUUGUUUGUGAUCAAUGGAAGGAUGUUGACCCUAUUGAUUUAGUCAAUCUUAGAGAAUUAAGCAUGGAGUUUAUUAAGAAAUCUUACUCCCUAAACAACAUUAGCAGCUUGAAAAACCUUAGCACUCUCGCAUUGUUGGGUGAAUUUGACAACCCAUUUCCAUCCCUUGAAUUUGUUAAUUGUUGUGAAAAGCUCCAGAAAUUGUGGUUAGAUGGGAGAAUAGAGAAACUGCCUCUGUUUCCAAAUUCCAUCACAAUGAUGCUUCUUGAGAACUCAAAACUGACGGAAGAUCCGAUGCCUAUUUUGGGAAUGUUGCCAAACCUAAGGGAUCUCCAAUUGAGAAGAGCUUAUGAAGGAAAAGAAAUAAUGUGCAGUGAUAACAGCUUCAGUCAACUAGAGUUCCUUCAACUUGAGUAUCUUUGGAACCUAGAAAGAUGGGAUUUAGACACAAGUGCCAUGCCUCUGAUUAAAGGUCUUGGUAUUCAUAACUGUCCAAAUUUAAAGGAGAUUCCUGAGAGAAUGAAAUACGUGGAGCUGUUGAAGCGGUCUAAUAAAUACCUGAAGCUUUUUGAGUGA